AUGCGAGAGAGACUGCAGGUAGAUUCAUAUAAGAUGAGCCGGCUGUACUUUGUGUCGGGAGUAACGGGAGUUUUCUUUCUAAUGGCAUGCUCCUUUUGCUGCAUAGAGUUCAAAAACAAGAAUAAGAUGCUGGGGGCGUCCUUGGAGGGGGCUUUGAAAGAGGACAGUGCAAGUUUCCAGGCGGAGAUUAUGGGUUGUGGCCCUUGUACGGAUGUGCCCGCAGGGAGUAAGGAGCUGAACGAUGUGAGCGAGGAGAAGGGCGUGCAUAAUGCGAAUGGCUUGAGUCUUUUGGAUGGCCAGGACAGUCCAAAUGACCAGACUUCUUGGGUUGACAGCGAUAGAACGAGCGAAGUUUUAAGCCCAUUGAAUAGUCCGGAUAAUGGCGCGGAUAAUAGCUUGGAUAGUCCCAUUGAAGACGUAAAUAACACUGAGUUUACACAAGAUGGUCCCCAUGAAGAGGUGGGCUCAGAAUAUUCAGAGAAAGAAAAAUCCCUGAGUGAAGAGCUAACAGACGCUGAAAAAACUUUCGUGCAUGACCCUUCAAAAAGCUAUGACGACUGGGUGGAUAUUAAGCGCAUUUUUGACGGACUGCAGGAUAAGACCUUUUUAAACUUGCUUUUGGAGCUGGGCCCUGUGCUAAGCGUCAAGUUGCAGCGCCUUCAGAGUAUACAGAAAUCUUUCGAAGAGUACUCUUUCCUGAAUUCGAUCCCCGGGUGGAGCGAGGAAAUAGUUGUUCAGGCUAUUAAGUUCAUCGAAAAGGUUGCGCCCACCGCAGGCCCAAACAGCCUAACCCCCAAUAAGAAUAUGUCCAUAUCAAAACCAGUCACGGUCGGAGAUGCCCUUGAAAUCAUGGAGGUCCUGCAGAACUGCAAUCUGCCAAGUGAGAAUGCAUGCAUGGAAAUUCACAUAGAAUCGGAGGAGAGUAAAAGCAUGAUUUAUACUGGAAUAAUUAUUUUGCUCAAUAACCCGCAGAUAUACGCCGACCUCAAGGUCUUUGAAUACGACUUUAUUGCGGAGGUAUUCAAGAAAAAAGCCUCUAGACGCACAAAAGAUGACCCGGAGAACGAAACAAAAUACAAUGAUAGGUGCACUGAACUGACUGAGAUCGUAUCGAAGCUCGCAAAUAUUGCCAAAGCCCUGCCCGGCCUGCCCACCAUGGAUAAUGUCGACUCUAGGGCCCUGGAUGAGCUGAAAAGUGCAGCUACCUUGCUGGAGAAGCCCAAAAUAUAUCCUGUCGUGCUCGAAAAGGAAUGCCCCGCCGACAGCCCAACCUACAACCAUGCCUGUGAUGUCUACGCGCUUCUUCUUAGGACUAUUCGGGAGUUCUAUGCUGACUGCCCGUACUGGGCGAAUGGCAUUCGAGUUGCAGGAAAGCAGGCAGUUAGGUCGGAGCGAAGCAUCAAGCAUGUUUUUCCCAAAGACUUCUCCGCGCCAAAAGAGACUAUAUCUGCAACCAGCGGUUCUUACUUGAAAAGCAAUUCUAGCAAGAUAGAUACGGCUGGUUCUUUGGAGAAUUGGUCUUGGUGCAACAUAAUUUAUGUCGACAAUGAAGAGCAAACUGCUAUGAACAUUUUUCUUCCUCUGUAUAAAAAUCAUUUCACGAUAAAACACGAGACAAUAGUAUCCUAUAUUUCAUGCAUGUACGGAAAGCCGGAGAAAAACAUCCAUGCAAUAGAAAUCUGCAGAAAAACCCAUUCUUGCACAUACAUAGACCCUCAAAUUGGCCACAUAAAUGUUGCAAGCAGCACCGCCCCCACGGUCUUCUACUACAUAAAGGAAGCAUCCUCCCCGGAUGCGGAUGUGAAACUUUUCCCGUUCAUUUUCCAGCAGCCAAAAGACUCCGAGGAAGGGAAAAUGGGAUCAGACGCGUAUUCUCUUCCUCUGUUCCUCAACGACUUGAUGGUCAUGUCCAUUUCUCUCUCGGCGUACACGUACACCAACAAUGAGGACAUAGAAAUCGACGAAAUGGACCCUGUACGUUGCCUAAAGACGAUGAACAAUCUAGCCCCGCGCGUGCUUGAUUUCACUCAGAAGGGAAACGGGUCAAGGUCAUUCUGCUACUUGGAAAUGCCGGGUUUCCACAGCUGCCCGAAAUUAGAAAAUAAGGACACAAAUGUUGCGGGGAUUUCAAUCAAUAUCGACGCGAAUAACCCGAAGAGCAAAGACACAGUCGAAUGCACAGCCAUGAUCAUUGAGAGAGGGCAAACCCGAAACAUUAAGUAUCCCGAAGUUGGAAUAUCCCAAGUCAUCUCGCAGGACAUGUGCGGAAACAGUGCGCAUGUUAUAUUUACCAUCUUCAAGGGCAAACAUAAAACUAAUCCCAGCCAGAGCCCGAAUAAUAUUUCGAAUGAAAGUUGCAAAAGGUUCUUUUCCAUUAAGAAUGUAUUAUCACCGCGCCAAAACAAGUCCCUGCGGUCCAUAUCAUUAAAUUCUGAUUUGCACAUUAGGUAUAUGAUUAUGCAGGCAUCGCCUCGCGCGCAGAAAGCCCAACUAGGCCUAUUAGGAAGCCUCACAUACGCUUUAAUCCAUUUAAAGCAAGAGCAAAUAACUGCCCCUAUAUAG